AUGGGUUUAUCACAAAAUUUGCGAAUAUUGGCUAUAUCGAUUCUUGUGCUUUUCGUUAUUGGAAUUAUUUUAGCGUUGAGAGGGACGACGAAACAAGAAGUACUUGAAGUCGACAAGAAAGCACUUGAAUCAACUUUUAUUAAAAAAGAAGCCGAGCCACAAUCACAAAUUCACGAAAAUAUCGGUGACAAUGUUGAAGUGGAUCCGAUUAAUUUCCAAAUCGAACAACCAGAUGAUACUAAUGGAGAUUCAUCACAAGACGAACUCAAUCAGAUCAUCAAUACGUUGAUUGAGAAAGAGGCCAAGCUGACACUGGACCAAGAAGAAGCUCUGAGAACAACAGGAAAUGAUAUGAAAGGAUUUGAGGAACAAAUGACAACACCCGAUAUUCUUGAGAUUGAUCCAUUUGCGAUCGAGGCGACAACGACAACAAUUGACUCAAAGUUGAGCCUUCAAGAAGGUCAAAGUCCUGAACUCGUUCAAACUGAACCGAUAAAAAUUUUGACACCAAAUGAAGAUUUUAAAUGGAAUGGCGAUCCAAGAAUUGACCAGGAAUCUCGAAUUGUGGAAGAGACAAAUUCUCGACGAGGCGAUACUUUUGUGUACAAUGUGAGCAAUGUACUCAAUCUUGCACCAAAUCAGGGCUCACCAAUUGAAAAUGGAAAUCCUGUGGCUGUUACUGAUCCAACCACUCAACAGGUUUUGCCUAUCAAUUCAGAAAGUGUCACUGAUCCAAUCACAACAUUGCUCGCUUUGACGCAGAAUAAUGCCACAGUGAUCCCUGAAACGAAUACAACUGUAUAUGAGAAUGGGACUGUCAUUGGACAAUUGGUGACCCCAACGCCAGCUCUGAUUCAACCGAUUGGAUUUUUGGAGUUACACACGGAAUUACCAUCAACACCCGAAACGGCUGCUGCAAAUCCAGAUUCGAUUGUUUUAGCGGAACGGCAACCAGAUGCACAAGCUGUAGUGCAGAAAUUGGAUGAAACAGAUUCAAUCGAGGGCCCUCAAUCCUUCUUCCGUCCUCCACCUGAUACAAUCCUCGAAGUUCCCGUUCUCACUUCUGUCCGAGUUGUCAAUGGAACACAGAGUGAUAUAAAAACUCUCUUUGAUGUCGGCAUUUCCCAAGCCAAUGAUCCAAUCUCUUCUUCAACGGAUCAAUCUACACAAUCAAAUAUCUCUAUU